AUGGAGAGAUUCACUGGAGACUCCCCCAGCCUGCCAAUCUUCAACGAGUCGAGCAAACCCGUCGAGCUCUCUCCCUGGGCUGACAGCGAUCGGCCACGGUCCAGAUCUCCAGCGCGCACAACUUCAGCGCAGUCAAGGAGCGUCGCCGACGAAUUCUCCUGCCUGACUGCCGCCGAAAGUGCCUCGCGCCUGAAGACCUCCUUGACAUACGGCCUCACGCCUCCGGAAGCCUUGUCGCGACUACGAGACUUCGGGCCCAACGAGAUACCUCACGACCCUCCCGAGCCAUUAUGGCUUCGAUUCCUGGGACAAUUCAAAGAGCCAUUGAUACUUCUACUGCUUGCUUCCGCUGGAGCUUCUGUGCUUGUGGGAAAUGUGGACGAUGCCGUCAGUAUCACCAUCGCCGUGACUAUUGUCGUCAGUGUCGGCUUUGUGCAGGAAUACCGAUCCGAGAAAUCCAUCGAAGCCCUCAACCAUCUUGUCCCGAACCAUGCGCAUUUGAUUAGAAGUAUGCCGGCCAAGUCCGGCGCCGGCCCCAAAACACCGACCUGGCAACCAGCUGGAGAAAAUGGACUGGAGGAGAUCGGUUCGUCGGGCGCUCCCACGCCAGCCGAGGAAGUCCUUGAAGCAACAUCCUCCAAAGUCAUGGCCGGGACAUUGGUACCAGGCGAUCUAGUGAUAUUCACCACAGGCGACCGUAUCCCAGCCGACUUGCGCGUUACGAAAGCCGCCGACUUGACUGUUGACCUCUCAAAUCUCACCGGAGAGACGGAGCCGGUCAAAGUCACUGCUGAGCCGCGUCCUCGCGCAGCGUUGGCAUCGGCGAAACAGGGCGCUUCAACUUUGCAGCUACCAACCCCGACCUUCGCUAAUUCAUCGGAAGGGGCCACCAAGAAAUCGGACCACGACUCCAAUGAAGCUCAAAAUAUCGCAUACAUGGGAACAUUGGUCAAAUCCGGUCACGGCCAGGGCGUUGUCUUUGCGACUGGCGGUGAUACACAGUUGGGGACUAUUGCUACGAGUGUCACCGAUACCGAAAGCCCCCGCUCGCCUCUCCAGCUCUCGAUGGAUGACCUUGGCUCUCAGCUGAGCAAGUUCUCGUUCGUGGUAAUCGGCCUGAUUUCUGUUGCUGGUUGGCUUCAGGGGAAGAAACUGCUUGACAUAUUCACCAUAUCUGUGUCACUCGCCGUUGCCGCAAUCCCCGAAGGACUUCCAAUCAUUGUUACCGUGACGCUCGCUCUUGGUGUACAUCGGAUGGCUCGUCACAAUGCUAUCGUCCGCAAAAUGCCCAAGGUGGAGACUCUGGGCUCCGUGAACGUGGUUUGCUCUGACAAGACCGGCACGCUCACAAUGAAUCAUAUGACAAGCUCGAAGAUGUGGUACUUUGGUGCAGACGAUGUAGUCGAUGUUGACUCGGACGAUGAGGUCACGGAUGCUACUCCGGACGCCGCAACUCUGCGCAUCCUGCGUAUCGGCAACAUCGCCAACGAUGGGCGGCUGGCCAGGCGGUACACUGAGAAUGGAGCUGCGGCCAAGGCCGUACUAUCUUCAACUAUAGGCCGGGAUGAACCUUCGACAUAUACGCGCUGGGUCGGGCAACCCACCGACGUCGCUAUGCUUGACUUGUUGGACAGAUUUCGUGAGCAUGAUGUGCGCGAGUCUAUCGGACCUCGAACCUCAGAGACGCCCUUCAGCUCUGAGAGAAAAUGGAUGGGCGUGACCAUCGGGUCUGACAAAAGUGAAAAAGAAUUUGCCUACAUGAAGGGGGCCCUGGAACGGGUUAUCGAAUCGUGUGAUACUUACAUCACAAAGGAUGGCCGGGAAUUUGUUCUCGAUGCUUCGCGGAAACAGGAGAUUCAACAGGCAGCAGAGGCUAUGGCUAUUAGGGGCCUACGCAUUAUCGCUUUUGCCAGUGGACCUGCGAAUAGGUCUGGCAGAAGCAAAUCGAACGGACCCUCCUCUAGAAGUGGAACCCCUGGAAAUGACGGCAGCACCAGCCCACGGCUUGAAGAGGACGAGUCUUUGUACAAGAACCUCACAUUCGCCGGUCUGGUUGGCAUGAGCGACCCACCGAGACCUGGCGUCGCACGAUCAAUUAGAAGACUCAUGCGCGGUGGUGUCAAGGUAAUUAUGAUCACAGGCGAUGCAGAGACCACGGCGAUGGCGAUUGGCAAACAGCUUGGCAUGGAAAUAGCUACUCCUCGGGACCAUGGCCCAGGUCAGGUCUCGGUUAAACCGGUAUUGACCGGCAAAGACGUCGACAACCUCUCUGAGGAAGAUCUUGCGCAGGCGAUGCACCACACGACCAUCUUCGCACGCACCACUCCAGACCACAAACUAAAGAUUAUCAGGGCGCUUCAAUCGCGCGGGGACAUCGUUGCCAUGACCGGUGACGGCGUCAACGACGCGCCGGCGCUGAAGAAGGCGGAUAUUGGUAUUGCCAUGGGUAGAAACGGGACUGACGUGGCUAAAGAGGCCGCGGAUAUGAUAUUGACCGACGACGACUUCUCCACCAUCUUGAAUGCGAUCGAGGAGGGCAAGGGCAUCUUCAACAACAUCCAGAACUUCCUAACCUUCCAGCUGAGUACAAGCGCAGCUGGCCUUUCCUUGGUCCUGAUCUGCACAAUAUUAGGCUUCAAGUCCCCACUGAACGCGAUGCAAAUCCUCUGGAUCAAUAUCAUCAUGGACGGCCCUCCCGCGCAAUCACUCGGCGUCGAGCGCGUCGACCCGGAUGUCAUGAAGCGGCCACCCCGGAGACGCGGCGCCCCCGUCCUGACGCGGGCACUGAUCCAGCGCGUGGCGCAGGCCGCCUUCAUCGUCAUGCUCGGCACGAUGCUGGUGUACACGCACGAGAUGCUGGGAGACGGCGAGGUGACGCGCCGCGACACCACCAUGACGUUCACGUGCUUCGUGCUCUUCGACAUGUUCAACGCGCUGGCGUGCCGCUCCGAGUCCAAGUCGGUGCUGCGCGGCGAGGUCGGCCUCUUCUCCAACACGCUGUUCAACUGGGCCGUUUCCAUGAGCCUCGUCGGCCAGCUGCUCGUCAUCUACUUCCCGUGGCUGCAGGAGGUGUUCCAGACCGAGGCCCUGGGCUUCUACGACCUGGUAGGCCUGGUCAUGCUCUGCAGCACCGUCUUCUGGGCGGACGAGGCAAGGAAGUGGUGGAAGUACGAGGUGCCAUCGAGUGUCCUGAGCCGGGUCGACAGUGGUGGGAAUGUCGCAGCGAGCUGCAGCCUGACGUGUUAUUACCAAGGAGAUGUCAGCCCGAGGGUCAACCCAAUGGGCUGUGUUUCUGCUGCGGGCUGUGACUUCCCCUUCGCCCAGUUAUAUCAGAGAGAUAGCGCCUCACCCCUCCUGUUCUGCUCGAACAGCAACUACACUGUGGCGAUGUUUAAGCCCGUGGUGAAAGAUGAACCCUACAAACAUCGAAAACUCGAGCGCCCGACGACGAUACGGCUCAUCAGAGUCAUGCCAAAAAAGGUAAAUGAUGAUAUCGCGUGCACGAUCUUCCAUGCUGAUAGGGAGGAGCUGCUUGUCGCGGGUUCGUAUCAGGCGCUGUCAUACAUGUGGGGAGACCAGAAGCCAACCAGGCGGAUCUAUCUUCAAGACAACAGCGAAGGAUGGCAGCUCUUUGCGCUACACGAGAGUCUGUGGAAAUUUUUGGACCACGUCUGGCGUAACAAUCGGUUUGACCUGUUCUUCUGGACCGACCAUGUCUGCUUGGACCAGAGUGAUCACAAUGAGAUUGCACAGCAGGUGUCUUUGAUGGGUGAUAUAUAUUCCGCCGCAGACCUCGUUGUGGUUUGGUUGGAAUUUUCUAACUGGGAGCUUGAAGUCAUAAUGAGAGCCUUGGAAUGGCACGAACGCCUCGCGAACGGGUGGUUCCAGGGUGAACAUAAGUAUCUGAACCUCGCCCUAGACAGGCGGCCUUGGGAGGACUCGUCCAUAUCUGGCAUCAUAUCCGACUCCAAGUUCGAUUUUUCAAGGCCUAUGGGGGGCAAUCGGAGAUCUGAAGCACAGAAGGCCAGAGAGGAGGCAUUUAAAGAGGCGUCUCGCCCUUUGAUGCUGAAUCCUUACUGGCAACGCGUCUGGAUUGUCCAGGAAGUCGUCAUGGCGAGACGUGUCCAGGUCAUGUCUGAAAAGUUUUCACUCAGUCUGGAGGCGUUACUUGCUCAAUUCCAUACGCAUCGUUUUAUUUCAUGGGGUGUGCCGUCUCCCAUGUGGGAGAUAUGGGAAAUUCGGCAAUGUGGUGGGAGUUACCCACUGUGGGCGUUGCUAAGGGACUUUGGUAGUCGCCAGACCAGCCGCCCUGCCGACCGUGUAUAUGGUUUUCUUGGGAUGGUGGCCGAACCUGAUAAUGGGCUAUCCUCUGUCAGGAACAUAUCGGUCGACUAUGAGAAACCGACACUGCACGUUUUGCUCGAUGCAAUAUUUGAGUCUCCGCCUCCACUGUCCCAGUACGGACAGGCAACACAACGUCUGCUGCCAGAGUCACUGAAAAACUACAAUUUCUUAGAGGAGUACAUCAAGAGCAGCCGGACGUCGAAAAGACAUUCUGAUUUUGCAAGGCUUGCCCACCAAGUCUUGGAAGCCGUGGAGGCCUUGAGGGCAGUGUUGGCAGACGUCAAGACGAACGACCUGGAGGAGGCAGCCCUAGAACUCUUCCAAAGAGUGAACGUCCGCAAAAUGGCCGCGGCAGGCUCGAUGCGCCGUCUCCAUGGAGUCUGUGGAGAAGAAAAAACGGAAUCCUGCGACUUUCGGACCAUGGUGGUCGACAUUUCCGAUAUUGGGUUUCGUCUGCUCCUCGAGACUGAUAUGAACGGUUGUCGAGAGGCGAGAUUGCGCCUUCAGCUGGAGAAAAGCAAUUCCAAGGGAGCAGACGAUAUUGUCCAACGCUGGAACGUCGUCAAGGCAAUCAGCACCCAAACACCACCUUUAGACCUCGCAGCUGAUGGCAGCAACAGCCGUGACCUGAACAUUCCCUCAACAGGCAGGCAUGCAACGCCAUCCGUCACGGCCAGCUCGAUGUCUGCUCUCAAUGGCGUGUCCACAACCUCACAGGACUCGGGCCGAGCUCGAUCGGCCACCAACACCCUCACUAUCAACACCAAGAACAGCCCGUCGCCCUCGCCCUUGGCGACAGCUCGUCCCACCGCGAACAUGAACGCCCAGGACGCCGCUGCUCACGGCGGCAUUCACCGAAGCAACACCCACCCCAGCUCGGCGGCAGAGCCAAACCCGAUCCGCGAAGCCACCAACCCCGCCGACGUCCGCGCCGCCCUCGCAAACCUCCACACUCGCGAGUCCGACCUCACGCGCCGCCUGCAGGCCAGCCUCGCCGCCCAGACCGACCUGCGCCGGGACCUGGGGCGGCUGGACAACCUGCGCGCGGGGCUGGGCACCCAGGUCAUCGCCACGCGGUCCAUCAGCAACAACAUGCUCGCCGGCGCCGCGCACACGGCGGGCCGGCUGUCCGGCCGUGUCCGCGAGCUCGACCUGGAGAAGCAGCGCGUCGAGGAGACACUCCGCGUCGUCGAGCAGGUCGCCGAGCUCAAGGCUUGUGUCGGCGGCGUGGUCUGGAGCAUGGGCGCCCCGCAGGACUGGGAGGCGGCCGCGGGAUACAUCGCCCGCGCCAGCAGGAUCCCUGAAGAGAUCAUCCGGGGCGGCUUUGCCGCUGCCACGGUGCCGACGGUGGAGAUUCCCGACGCUCCAUGGGUAACGCUCGAGAACGCCAGGGAGAGCUUGUGUGGGCUGUUCCUCCGGGAGUUUGAGAAGGCGGCCAAGGAGGGGGAUGGCACCAAGGUCACGCGCUUCUUUAAGCUGUUCCCUCUCAUAGGAAGAGGCGAUGUGGGACUCGACGUGUACGGCCGGUAUGUCUGCCAGGGAGUGGCCGGGACUGCGAGACAGACGCUCAAGUCGGGCACGGGCGGCCACGGCGCACAGGACGGCUUCUUCUACGCCAAUGCGAUUACCAAACUGUUCGAGCACAUUGCUCAGAUUGUGGAAAGCCACGGAGGCCUGGUGGAGAGACACUACGGAUCUGGCAAGAUGGUCAAGGUCAUUGAGAGGCUACAGAUGGAGGCUGACGUCCAAGGCGGCAUCAUCCUGGAUUCGUGGAGUGACGAAAGAGGAGUGGAUAGAAAGCUCACAGAUGUCAAGAGCUAUCCCUUCUCAUUCUUGGUGCAGAGCUUCUUACCACAGCAAAAAGGAAUGUCCGGCAUAUCGAGGGUGAACUCCCCAGCAGUAGGCGGCGGAACCAAUGACCCGAGGAACAGCGAGGAUGAGGGAGUCAACAUGAAAGAAGUGGAUGGUUUGCUGAACGAGAUCGCUGUAAUGCUCGGGAGAUGGUCUCUAUACUCGCGCUUCAUCGCUGGGAAAUGCAAGGAUCUCGAUUCACAAGAAGGUGCACCUCUACAAACACCGGAACUUCUGACCAAAUCGAACCUGAGCCGCAAAGUUUCAGGGAAGCUAACCACGCCAUAUAAUGUCAUGAGCACAUUUUUCUUCAGGAGAUCCGUGGAGAAGGCGUUCCAGAUAGACGAAAUGCCCAGCGGGCUUUCACUAAAUCCACAAAAACAAUUGGAAGGCCAGCCUCCAUUUGUCAUGUCAGCCGUUGACGACGUUAUGUACAUCGUCAACACAGUCAUCCAAAAGACCCUUUCUACGCAUCAAAGAGAGGCCGUCGGCUCAGUGUUGCCAACGGUCGGCCGGGUCCUGGGGUCGGACUUUGUUGGCAUGGUGCAGAGAAAAAUGCGAGACGAAUCAUAUCCAAAACCGGCAGUUCAGGGAGGAUUCCCGCCGGAGGACAAGAUCAUCGCUUUUAUAGUCCUCAUCAACACCUUGGACAUGUCCAACGAAUACCUGGAAAGGAUCAUAUUCACUUUCCUCGGAAAAUCGACAGAACGGACCAACGGCGCUGGGCCACAGCAGCCGCUCGAGGACAUGUUCCCUUUCGAACACGAUGUCACCUUUGUCACAAAUGCACUGAAUAACCUCCUGUCGAGCUUCACCUCCAAAACUACCGAGCUGCUGGGCGAGGGUCUGCAAGUCCUGGCUAACCAAGUUGUAAAGCUCCGGAUGCAGCGGGUCCUCGCUGACACAUUCCGCGAGGUGGACUACACACUGAGCGAGGAGGACCUGGCGGACAUCGCAGCGGCAGAAGACAUAGACGAGGACGAGCUGCUGGACCAGGUGGCGCGGCGCUUCGAGCACGGGUGGGACGCGCUGAUGAAGCCGAUCGCGCGCAUCAUGACGCCCAAGACGUUCAGCACGCUGCUGGAACUCACGGCGAAGUACCUCGCGCGGGUGCUGGAGAAGCGCGCGUGGGGGUACUCGGGGCGGGCGAACGCGUUCGGGGUGAUCCGCAUGGAGCGCGACUUCUCGGCCAUCAUCGGCGUGGUGUCCAAGGGCGGCAACUACAGCGUCAGGGAGCUGUUUGCCAAGGUCAGCCAGGUGCUGAUGGUCGCGAACAUGGAGGACGACGAGUGGGAGGAGAUCAUGGGCGACACCUCGGACGAGAGCAUCCAGUGGGUCCUGAGCGAGGAGGAGAGAAGAAGGGCGCGCAGCUUUGUUAGGGCAUGA